AGGCUCGGGCGCUGGUCUCUCCCCUACGCGUCAAACAAGCUUAGCAGCGCAGCCAAUAGCCAGAGGCCGUCCCGCCCAAUCCCUGCUCACAGCCAUUCGCCUGCGCGAACCCCCUCCCCCGCCAGCUUCUGACUGGCAGAACGCCCGACAAAUCAUAUCGCGACCUUUGAAAGCAAAACACUGCUGCACUUUGGCAGCUCCGAGUGAGGAAGGAAUUAAGAAGGCUCUCCCUCCGGAUUUCGCGAAGAGUCCGGGUCAUUUCUCAGAAACCUCUGACAGGUGGACCUUAGAGGAAACCCCACCGAGCACAGCAAGACUCAGAAAACACACCCUUGCCUGCCUGCUCAGGAGACACAGAAAUUGGCUCCUCGCAGAGAAACUGAAGAGAAACCUGUACAUCAGCCAAAAGAGCCUCGAGUACUCUUUUGGCGAGAGGAAGAGAUGGCUGCUGGAGGGAGGUGAAUGCAAGGAGAGAUGGCUUCCUGCUGGGACCGGGCUUAGCAGCCGCUCCAACUCUCAGUCGCCUCGGGCAGGAUGUGCCACUAGACCGCCAUGGACACAACCCCCGGCGCAGCCCUGCGUCUGCAGCAGUUCCCGCCCACCAGCAGCGCUGCCUCCAUGAGUGUGGGCGAGGGCUCCUUCUCCUACAAGGAAAACCUGAUCGGCGCCCUCUUGGCAAUUUUUGGGCAUCUCGUGGUCAGCAUUGCACUUAACCUCCAGAAGUACUGCCACAUCCGCCUGGCAGGCUCCAAGGACCCCCGGGCCUAUUUCAAGACCAAGACAUGGUGGCUGGGCCUGUUCCUGAUGCUGCUGGGCGAGACGGGUGUGUUUGCCUCCUACGCCUUCGCCCCGCUCUCGCUGAUUGUGCCCCUCAGUGCGGUCUCAGUGAUAGCUAGCGCCAUUAUAGGAAUCAUAUUCAUCAAAGAAAAAUGGAAACCUAAAGACUUUCUGAGGCGCUACAUCUUGUCCUUCGUUGGCUGUGGUUUGGCCAUCGUGGGCACCUACCUGCUGGUGACCUUCGCACCCAAUAGUCACGAGAAGAUGACGGGCGAGAACAUCACCAGGCACCUCGUGAGCUGGCCUUUUCUCCUGUAUAUGCUAGUUGAGAUUGUCCUGUUCUGCUUGCUGCUGUACUUCUAUAAGGAGAAGAACAUCAACAACAUUGUCGUGAUCCUCCUCUUGGUGGCCUUGCUCGGCUCCAUGACAGUGGUGACAGUCAAGGCUGUGGCUGGGAUGAUGAUCCUGUCCAUCCAGGGGAACCUGCAGCUCGACUACCCCAUCUUCUAUGUGAUGUUCGUGUGCAUGGUGGCCACCGCUGUCUACCAGGCUGCGUUUUUAAGUCAAGCUUCACAGAUCUAUGACUCCUCGUUGAUCGCCAGUGUGGGUUACAUCCUGUCCACCACUGUGGCUAUCACAGCAGGUGCGAUAUUUUACCUGGACUUCGUCGGGGAGGAUGUGCUGCACAUCUGCAUGUUUGCACUGGGGUGCCUCAUCGCCUUCUUGGGCGUCUUCUUAAUCACGCGGAACAGAAAGAAGACCAUUCCAUUUGAACCCUACAUUUCCAUGGAUGCCAUGCCAGGUAUGCAAAACAUGCACGACAAGGGCAUGACAGUCCAGCCCGACCUCAGAGCUUCUUUUUCCUACGGGGCCCUGGAAAACAAUGACAGCAUAUCCGAGAUCUACACUCCUGCCACACUGCCAGUCAUGCAAGAAGAACAUGGCUCCAGAAGCACCCCUGGGGUUCCCUACUGUGUCCUGGAGCACAGCAAGAAGGAAUGAGCCACCCCCGCGUGAUUUGCCUUCCCCUUGCUGCUCAGACCAGGCGACGGUGGCUCCACCCUUCUUUCGACAACUUGCCUUCCCAGUCUUACCAUUCAGAUUGCAAGUUCUGUGGAAGCAGAUCUUGGAAAGCCUUGGUCUCUGGCAAGCACACAUUCCCUUGGUCUUGGAAUUUCAAAUUUCUCGGGGGGAGCUGCGUGAAAGCAGAAUUCCAGGUGGGCUUAGUCCAGCAGAAUUGGGAGCCCUUUCACCUCCUCAGAGACAGUCACUGGGCUUUCCAGCCCGUGACCAAAGCCAAUGCCACAUUGUUCAGAGUGAAAAUAAGACAGGGAUUCCACCCUGACCUCAGUCUGGAGACCGCGAGCGCUGGUCUUUUGCCACCUCCUGUGCAUGCCUUGUCUCUGUCAUCUCACUCACCAGUCCCUGGUUUGGACAGUAUUCGUGUCCCCCUUUCACACCGCACAGCAGACCAGCCCUGAACACGCAGUCAUUGGCGUCUUAGCAGUGUGCAUCUGCCUUCUGUCCAUGCCUCUCCAGUGAGGAUGGUAGUGUGUGUUUAUUUUGGAUCAUCUCCAAAAACAAACCCGGUUUUUGUUCUCGGAGAACUACUUGAUCCUACCCCGGCUCCCGCCAAGGAGCUGGGAAAAAACAGAAGAAAGAAAAACUAGAGGGCUGGGAGCAAGGGCCAUGAUACUUGAGCCCAUUCAGGGAGAAAAUUCCCUCUUAAUCUUCCUGCCCAUCUUUAUGAACGAUAGGCAGGAAAUCUGGCUGUUUGAUCUGUUACUUUUCCCCUGCACACUGGCACCCUCUGGGAAGAUCAGAGGGCUCACUUGGAAGUCAACCUCUCCCACUUCCCCUCCGUCCUUACUUUAUAGACCCACAAAUCAGCUCCAAGUUGUUGGUUCAUUUCCCCGCAGUUGCGAGACUGUCUGGGUCUUUGGCUGAGCACUGUGACCCAGUGAAGCCCUCGCACAUGACUGUCUUCCCCUAGGCCAGUGGUGGCAAACCUAUGGCACUCAUGCUGCAGCGAUCUGUUUGCAUCAUUGCAAGCUCUAAAAGGUUUGCCAUCACUGCCCCAGGCUGUGUACUUCUGAGAAUGGCAGGAAAAGAUUUGCAAACUUUAAUAAGAAUGAGGAUCCCCUCAAAUUUACUUAAAAUACAAAUUCUUACACCCCCAAUUGCAGACUCAGGUUAAGUAGGAUUGGGCUGGAACCUAAGCAUCUGCACUUUGAACUGGCACCACAGGGGAUUAUGAUGCUAAUACCCAGUGUUCACACCCCUCAAAAGCCUCCUAACCCGAGAAGACACCACUGAGACGCCGCCCCCCUACACAUACACCCGUGCCAGAAAGUUACAAUUACAGUUCCGUUUCCUCUUGGAAUUCCUCUGGCAGGUGAAAUAGCCCCAGAGGAUCUGUGGCGUUUCUCCACUUAGUAAAUCCCACUUAGAACUAGCUUCCUGCCUCCUUAGACAGCCUUUAACUAACAGGCAAGAUACCAGUGUUACCAGACCAGUGUUAGCCAGCACUUACCCUCUAGACUGCGCUCAGUACCAAUGCAGGACCCUGACUUGCAAAGCUCUGCCAUCGUUGCCUGGGAUCAGCACCUCAUAUUUUAUCUUGGCCACUUCUGUAUUGCAUCAUAAAUGCCCAAGAAGGCAACAGACAAGGGGCUUUACCCCUUAAGAACAGUACCACUCCAUUCAGUAAUAUUGUUGGGGCAUUUACUGUAUGUUAAACAUUAGAGGGCAAAGCUACAAACAUAAGAUACAGUGCCUACCGUCCAGGCCAGCAGGAGGAGACAUAGUGGCCCAGGCGUCUCUGGCAGGGUGGGCAGUGGCAGGAAGUGACAGUCACAGUGGUCUUGAACCCAAAGCUGUUCAGAACUGGAGAUGAUUCGGGCUCCACUGAUGAUGGUGGCAAAGCCAGCUAUGAUUUGCACCAAGCAUAGUGGGGUGAUCCUCCACUUCCAGGCAGAGGGGCCAGCAUUUCCAAAGGCACAGGGAUGAGGAGGUGGGGUUGUCAAAGAAGAGCCAGGGAGGAUGGUGGGAGUUGAGCCUUAUAAGAUCAGCAAUGGAGGCCGGAUCCUGGCGGGUUGAAUACCUGGGGAAGACGGGAGCUUUUGAUGGUUCACGAGGAACAGAGUGACAGGAUCUGCAGUGAUUGGAAAGGAGACUAUUCACAGUGGAGGAAGACACAGAAGGGGUAAUAAGCUACCUUCAAGGUCAAGCUGUGAGCCU